CCGCCGCUGUCUCCACCACUCCACCAGUCCGUUCUCGCCGGCGCCUCUGUCCCCAAAUCCAAAUGGCGGACGAGGCCGCCGGAGCGAACUGCCCUCGCCGCAGCGCGCGCCUCCGCCCCCAGAUUCACGCGAAUGAGGAGGAAGCCGAAAUUGCAACACGCCGUUGCAGCCCGCGCCUCCAUCCCCAAACCCUCGCGAGCAAGGAGGUCUCCGGAGUGACCCGCCGCCGCCGCCGCGGCACGCGCCUCCGUCCCCAGAUCCACGGUAAUGAGGAGGGCGCCGGGGUGACCCGCCGCAGCAGCCCGCGAUUCCAUUCCCAAAUCCACGCGAGUGGGGAUGGGGAGGCCGCGCGUGUGACCCGCCGCCGCCGCCGCGGAACCUCGCCGGAGGCGGCUGAGUCCCUGCCGGCCAGCGACGAUCUCCUCCGGGAGAUCCUCCUCCGCCUCCCGCCGCAGCCGUCCUCCCUCCCACGCGCCGCCGCCGCCUGCAAGCGCUGGCUGCGCGUCGCCGCCGACCCCCGGUUCCUCCGCGGCUUCUCUGCCCGCCACCGCAAGCCGCCCCUCCUCGGCGUCUUCGAGCCCCUCGACUGGGAGAUCGACUCGUGUGGUCGCCUUAAUCGUCGCUCCUUCAAGCGCCGCGACAAGUGGAUUGAGUUCAGGCCCAUCCUCGACCCUCCCAACCGGAUCCCUCCUCAGCGCUUCGACCUGCGACGUCACGGCGUCGAAACCGGCAUCCGCUCCAGGGCCCAGCUGCUCGGGUGCCGCCACGGCCGCCUUCUCAUCAUGGACGAUGUGCACGCAGACUUUGUUGUCUACGCCCCCAUCACGGGCGAGCAGCGCCGUUUGGCCAUUCCCACGGAGUUCAAGAGGGACUUUGUCCAUGCGGCGGUGCUCUGUGCUGCCGGCGAGCUUGGCCACGUGCACGGCAGCUGCCAUUGGAGCCCAUUCAAGGUGGUCUUGGUGUCCAUGUACAGAAAGGAUAAUCGGCCGGUUGCUUGUGUUUACUCCUCGGAGGCUGGUGUGUGGGGCAAUCUUAUUUCCACAGACGCUCGAUGCGGGCUUGUUGAUGCUAAUCCCGGGAUUCUUGUUGGUAAUGUCCUUUACUGGUCGUCUAAGUCUGUGUGUGACGGUGAAGGUUUGUGGGGUUUAGAUAGGCUCACAAAUGAUAUAAUUGAGUUUGAUUUGGAUACACAUAGCCUAGCUGUGAUCAAGGGGCCUCCCUGUCUCAAUAACUCACUCAGACAUCAGAUCAUCAAGGCAGACGAUGGUUCUGUUGGUCUCACCGUGGUGUUUUAUGGUAGAUUUGAAAUGUGGCAGAGGAAGAUUGAUCGUCAUGGUGUUGCCACAUGGUUAAAUCACAAGAGCAUUCAAAUGCAUCUUGUUCUUGGGCUCUCUCAUCAGCUUGAGAGAUUGACGAGAUGGAUACAAAUUAUGGGGUAUGAUGAGGAUAAUGGUGUAAUAUUUUUACAUGUGGAUGCCAGUGUCUACAUGGUUCAACUGAUGUCGAUGCAAUCCAAGAAACUUUAUCGAAGCUAUACUCCCAAUUAUAGAUGUCACCCUUUCACAAGUUUCUAUGCGCCAGCCAUUCCUGGUGGAUGCAAUGGAGCUGAGAUGUUGCACGAUAUGUAGGAUGACUGUCUGGUUGCAUGUGAUAAUGUGCUCGAAUGGUUCAACAGGUGAAGUAAUUAAGAGCAGCAGCUGUUCUCACAAGUUUGUCGUGUUGCAUCGAUGUGGUCGGCAGUGUGUAUAUAUGUUAUGUGGAAGAAUGUACUGUGCUUGUGCCGUAGCCUAACUAAGUUUGUAAUGUAACAAGAGCUUUUUAAUAUAUAUUCGAAGGAAGUUCAAGACAGAUACCGUUGUAUCUUUUAUCCCAUGGCUGUGUUUGGCAAGUCUUCUCUGCUAUUUUCUGGAAAAAAGACUCUGACAGGUCUUCUGUGGUAUGUUCUGAAAAUAAACUCAUCAAAUUCGUCCGAACAAACAGUGCCAUGUCUAUUCAGUUGGGCUGACCAAUGAACAGCCCGGAGAGGAAAGAACUGAAGCACAAUGAAGGAUGUGGUCACCUAGAUGCGUAUGAUUCUCUGGUCCUUUUGUGGAUGUGUAUGUGCAAGCACACAAUCAGUGUGGGCAGAAAUUUGGAAGCCGAGCUGAAAUUCAAUGCAAUUUCGACGAGUACAGGGAGCAAGACUCUAAUCAAUUUGGAAUAUCGUGACGGGAACGACAUGAGCCCAACUUAAGUUCUUAUGACCUUAAGGCUGAGGCCGCCACUGUAGGUGUUAGUUUUUGGUGAGUUUUCUGGAGAGAAUCAUGUUAGAGACUCUGUCCAUUUCUACAAGGAUAAAUAUUUCCGAGCGGAAGGAGUAAAACACUCGUGAUCUGGAGCUCUGCACAUUUCGGUGCUUUACCUGCGUGGUGCAUUCAUCAUUCAUUUCCACAUAUCAACCAGCAGCAAAACUAGGAAUGAAAGGAUCAGCACAUGAGAUAAGCACUAGCCUGGCACAGGCAGCAACCUCAGCCAGUUCAGCUCCAAGCAACAGCAGUAGAUGAGGUCUCUAAUGUGCACAGAGCCGGCCCUUGUCAAUGAUUUUCAGAACAACCACUCUUUGCUUAUGUAAUGGAACUGAAACAUUGCACGAUACAUAGGAUGAGUGGAUGACUGUCUGGUUUAUGUGCUGGUGUGCCGAAAUGGUUCAACAGUCUAUACAUGGUUCAACUUAAAUCGAUGCAAUCCAAGAGGCUUUAUGGAACCAGUCAUUUUCCUUGCUACUAUCCUCUCACAAGAUUCUAUGCACCAGGUGAGGGAAUGACUGCUGCAGUUCUCACCGGGUUUGUUCCAUCUCAUCGAUGUGGUUGGCACUAUUUAUAUGUUAUCUGCAAGAAAAAAAACUUAUCAUGCCAGUCGAGCCAAGUUUCUAAUCCAGGGAAUUUCAGCUUAACCUAGUAGUAUUAUUUGAAGUCGGUUUUCAGCCCCAUCUUGUUUUCUUUAUAUGCUUGUGCUUGGAGGCUUGUCUCUUUGGCCCAAAUAUGACCUAAACUUAAUUAUAUGUUUGUCAGUUUGUGUAUUCUUCUCGGCUGUGGUAUGAGAAGCAUGACAUUACAGUCGAUGUUUUGUGUAAGCCAGGAGAGUUUCAGCAGUAAGCAUCGCCUAGACUUGUAUU